CUUGACUUCCUUGUUCGCGCAGAAAGAGGAACUAACAACACUGCAGCGCUUCUUUUAUUACAAUGGUGACAGAAUAAUCAUCAUUUAGUGGAUCUUUUUGCGCGUACAAGCUGCAGAGAUGGCGCACUGGGUGCAGCAGGGAGAGAUGACGGAGUACAGGAAGAGUAUGAUCAAACGGGAGAUGGAGAUGGGCAUGGUCAUGACGGUCUUCAGGCAGAAGGUGGAGAGACUUACUGUGCAGGUCAUCAUGGAAACACGUCAGAUUGCGUGGACACGUACCGCGGACAAGACUGAUGGUGUCUUGGACCUAUUUGAGAUCAAAGAAGUUCGUCCAGGCAGAAAUUCCAAAGACUUUGAGCGCUUGAAAGAUGGCAAAGAUAAACAUGAGGAAAAUACUUGUUUCACCAUCUUCUAUGGCUCACAAUUUGUCCUCAACACCUUGAGUCUGGGAGCCGAUUCUGUGGACGAUGCACAGAAAUGGCUAUAUGGACUUGAAAUGUUAGUUCAAGAGACACUGGCCACUCCUACUCCAGUUGUUAUUGACAGCUGGCUGAGAAAGAAGAUGUAUUCUGUCAAUCAGACAAAAACAAACAGCAUAUCCAUGAAAGAGCUGAAGACCCUUCUUCCUUUGCUCAACUACAAGCCUCCUAAUGCUCGCUCUCUGAAAGAAAAAUUCCUGGAAGUGGGAGCAAAACACGAUCGUUUGGACUUUGAGCAGUUUCAUAAAUUGUACAAUCUAAUAAUGUUUGAACAAAAUGAGAUUCUUGACGAGUUGAAAAAAGAUGGCUCUUUUAUUUUGGGUAAUACAGACAAGCCUGACGCCUCGGUCGUUCUGCUCCACGACUUUCAAAGAUUUCUCAUCUAUCAGCAGAAGGAGUAUUGGGCUAGCGAUCUGAAUCAGGUGAAAGAGUUGAUGACCACUUUCAUUGACGACACCAUGAGAAAAACCAAUGACCCUGAGUUCACCGUCAGUGAGUUCCUCAGCUUCCUGUUUUCUAAGGAGAACUCUUUAUGGGAUGAGAAGUUGUCCGACAUUUACAACCAAGACAUGAACAACCCUUUGUCUCACUACUGGAUCAAUUCAUCACACAACACUUACCUGACAGGUGACCAGCUUCGUAGCGAGUCUUCCACGGAGGCCUAUGUGCGCUGUCUACGCAUGGGAUGUCGCUGUGUUGAAUUGGAUUGCUGGGAAGGGCCAGGAGAACCCAUCAUCUAUCAUGGCUGGACCAGGACCACCAAAAUCAAGUUUGAAGAUGUGGUGAAAGCCAUCAAUCAACAUGCUUUUGUGACUUCUGAGUUCCCAGUCAUACUGUCCAUAGAAGAGCAUUGCCCACUGGAGCAGCAGCGUCAGAUGGCUCGAAUCUUCAGGGACGUGUUUGGAGACAAACUACUAAUUGACCCAGUGGAGCAAAUGGCUGAGCAGCUACCUUCUCCCACACAACUGAAGGGCAAAAUUAUCCUCAAACAUAAGAAGCUCAGUGUUGAUGGUAGUGUUGUCACCAAAGACUUCAGAACUUGGCAGAAACAAGGAGACUUGGAGAUGUGGGAUCCUGUGAAUCAGUGCUGGAAUAAGCACUACUGUGUGAUCUCCAAUGACAUGCUGUACUACGCUGAGGAGUAUGAGGAGGAAAAGGAAGACCUCAAGAAGUACCAGGACCUUCAAUGUGGGGACACGUGGUUCCAUGGUCACAUAAAAGAAGGCAGACAAAUGGCAGAGCAACUGAUCCAUGAUUACUGUACAGACAUGAGAGGAAGAGACGGAACCUUUUUGGUCCGACAGAGCGAUCGUGUUGCCACAGACUUCACUCUCUCCUUCUGGCGCAGUGGGAGAGUCCAGCAUUGCCGUAUUCGAUCUUUUUCAGAGGGACAAAACACAAUUUACUACCUGACUGCAAACCUGCAUUUCCCCAGCGUAUUGUCGCUGAUUCAGCACUACAGAGAGCACCCUCUACGCUGUCAAGACUUUGAGCUGCGUCUCACUGACCCUGUACCACAUCCCAAUCCACAUCUGCAACAAGGGUGGUUCUACAGUAACUUGAGCAGAGGCCAGGCUGAGGAUUAUCUGCUUCGGAUUCCCAGAGAUGGAGCAUUUCUCCUCCGACAGAGAGUGGGAGAGCCUGACUCCUUCGCUAUCACUUUCAGAGGUGACGGUAAGGUAAAACAUUGUCGGAUCCAGAAGGAAGGCAGUGUUUACCUGCUGGGGACAACAACUGAGUUUGAGAGCCUAGUGGAGCUAGUAAACUACUUUAAGAAGAAACCCCUUUAUCGCAAGACCAAGCUACGGUACCCAGUCACACCAGAACUUGUGGAACGCUUCAGCACAAUUCAAGUUCCUGACUCCCUGUACGCGAUGAAGACUUAUGUGGAGCCCAAUGAAAUUGAGUCAUCACUACCCAAGAGUACGGCACGGGCGGUUUAUAGCUAUCAGGCCAUGAGGCACGAUGAGCUCACCUUCAGUAAAGGGGCUUUGAUACAUAAUGUGUCAAAAGACAAUGAUGGCUGGUGGAAAGGAGACCAUGGUGGAAAAGUGCAGCUCUUUUUCCCAUCCAACUAUGUUGAGGAAGUGUCCAACAACGCCAAACUUGAAAUUAGGCAACAGGGUAUGGAAGACAAUCCAUUGGGUGAACUAUGUAAGGGUGUUGUGGAUAUCUCCAAGUGCAACAUACAAAACUUGAAAAACGGUAAAAACGGAAAACUGCACGUUUUGACCCUUCAGAAUAUGGAGCAAGACGCUCUGCAUUAUGAUUUGGCAGCAGAAUCUCUGGAGGAGCUUUUUGAUUGGUACAAGGUGGCAUGGGGCAUCACUCAGAGGGAGAUGAGCAAGCAGUUCAGUCGAGAACAAGAGAUCAGACAACAGGAGGAAGUAGAGAAGAAAGCAGAUGUUGCUAUGGAGAUGUCAGACCUGGUGGUCUACUGUCAGCCACGCAGCAAGGAGAAAGACCGCUUUGAUAGCUACAACUACAAGGAGGUUCGCUCGUUUGUAGAGAAUAAGACACCGGGAAAACAUCGGUCAAUGGAGUUCCUGCGGUACAACCACAAGGCUUUGAGUCGGAUCUACCCAAAAGGCCAACGCGUGGAGUCCUCAAACUAUGACCCCUAUCCUCUGUGGUCGGUUGGCUGUCACAUGGUGGCUAUCAACUUCCAGACGGCAGAUAAAUACACCCAGCUGAACCACGCACUCUUCAGUAUGAAUGGACAAACUGGUUACAUUCUACAACCUGAGCUCCUGCGCUCAGAAAACUACGACCCUUUGCGGGAGAAGAAAGAGCUCAAGUACAACAUCCUACUUAAGGUGAUUGCUGCCAGACACCUUCCAAAGCUUGGUCGCUCAAUUUCCAGUCCUUUUGUGGAGAUUGAAGUCUGCGGUCACACUGAAGCCAAGGCUAAGACCAGUGUUUACCGUGAUAACGGUCUGAACCCACUGUGGAAAAGCCCAGCACAGCCAUUCUGCUUCAAAGUGUACGAGCCUGAGCUCACCUUCCUGCGCUUUGUUGUCCAUGAAGAAGACAUGUUCUCAGACCCCAACUUCCUCGCUCAGGCCACAUUUCCCGUAAAAGGUAUCUCUUCAGGUUACCGCUCUGUGCCACUGAAGAACGGCUACAAUGAAAACUUAGAAUUAGCCUCUCUGCUGGUUGAUGUCAAAGUUCUGCAGCCAGAGAACACUGAAGAAGAGUUGUACUCGUCAUCCAGCCAGCUGAAGAAAAAGCCAGCAGAUGUGAGCAGUGAAGGCCUCCUAUACAACACACACACAAACAUAAAACUCUCCUCUGUCCCGAGCCAACCUCCCGCACCAAAUCCAUUAGUGAGAGGACUCAGCAAUAGUGAGAAACAAAGAGCAAAACAAAAGCGGCUAAAAAGCAAUGUAUUCUAUUCUUGAGGCGCCCGAAGAAGCUCGACUGUCACUUGAUCCCAGAAAAACACUGACGAAAGUCAUCUUAUGUUCUCCCUUUUCUACAAAUUGUCAUUUUAAAUGUUUUGAACCAUUUGUAAUUUUUACAUGUUCUGUUUUUAACUAAGUCUAUUCUUGCUGUGUUGCUUAUUGAUUGAUGGAAAACCAGAAACUACUAUUUUGUAUUGACUCAAUAAAUUACAAUUUUUUAGAACAUUAAAAGUGGUUAUCAUAUUUGGAAAUACAUGUUGAAUGAAAAUAAGUUAAGAGCACCUACUAAUGAAUGUCAAACUAAAUUGUUCUGUACAGGUACAGACACUCAAGAGUACUUCAAUAAAGUAAUAAAGUAUUUUUAUACUUCGUUA